AUGAGUACACGUCUUCAAGAAAUGCAGCGGCAGAAGGCUCAAAGAGCACAAGACGCAGAAGGCAGCGAAGAAACCCUGAAGCAGCGAUACCCCAGGAGAUGGUACGACAGCAUCAUGCCUUUCCAGCCUCCAUGGGAUAGCCGCCCGACAGUUGGGGAGGUACGUCAACGCCUGGAGGAUCAAACAAACAAUGCUGCUUGGCGCAUCGAGCGCAAGGCCAGGACGACAGACCACAAUUCGGUGAAAGCCGGCACGAUAGUGUUCUGGCUAGUUGUGCUUGUGUUAGCAGCAGCUCCAAUCCUGGCACGUGCCACGAGCGAUGGACCAAUCGCUCCCAUGUGCUUCGAAUCCGAAAGUUCCGAAUGUGAAGUGGUGCCAUACCCCCGGAUUGCUGUCUACUGUGCGCUCGCGAUUGUGGUGCUCUUCAAAGCCUGCAGUGCGGACAUGACCUGUGGUCCUUGGGGAGCCAUGCCCCCUAUGUUCACACCGGCAUUUGGACGAACUUCAUCAUUGGACUUCGUCCAGCAGGAGAUUUUGCUAGUCGAAAUUGGUUUUCGCAAGAGUGUGUAG